CUCUCUUUUUUUUUAUAUACUCAUCUACAUAAACCUUGUAACAAAAGUUAAUAAAACAAGCGUACUUACAUAUUUUUAAAAUUAAACUCUCUCCCCAGAUGCCUCGAGAACAGAUGCCAGAGUUCUCUAGCUCGGUGAAGCUCAAAUAUGUUAAACUUGGCUUUCAAUACUUGGUCGAUCACUUCUUGAGUCUUCUUUUGAUACCCAUCAUGGCAAUCAUCGCCAUCGAGCUUCUUCGGAUGGGUCCAGAAGAGAUUCUUAACGUUUGGAAAUCACUUCACUUUGACCUUGUUUAUCUUCUAUGUUCUUGUUUCUUUGUUAUCUUUAUCUCCAGCGUUUACUUCAUAUCCAAGCCACGUACGGUCUACCUCGUUGAUUACUGUUGUUACAAACCACCGGUCUCGUGCCGUGUCCCCUUCGCAACUUUCAUGGAACAUUCUCGUUUGAUCCUCAACGACAAGCCUAAGAGCGUUGAGUUUCAAAUGAGAAUCCUUGAACGUUCUGGUCUCGGUGAAGAGACUUGUCUGCCUCCAGCUAUUCAUUACAUUCCUCCAACACCAACUAUGGACGAGGCUAGAAGCGAGGCUCAAAUGGUUAUCUUCACGGCUAUGGAUGAUCUUUUCAAGAAAACCGAUUUAAUGCCUAAAGACAUUGACAUACUCAUUGUGAACUGCUCUCUUUUCUCUCCAACACCGUCUCUCUCCGCUAUGGUUAUUAAUAAGUAUAAGCUUAGGAGCAAUAUUAAAAGCUUUAAUCUCUCAGGGAUGGGCUGCAGUGCGGGCCUUAUUUCAGUCGAUUUGGCCCGCGAUCUGCUUCAGGUUCAUCCCAAUUCAAAUGCAAUCAUUGUCAGCACCGAGAUCAUAACGCCUAAUUACUACAAAGGGAACGAGAGAGCCAUGCUGCUGCCCAAUUGUCUCUUCCGCAUGGGCUCCGCGGCAAUACUUAUGUCAAACCAUCGGUCUGACCGGUGGCGAGCCAAGUACAAGCUUAGCCACCUUGUCCGGACCCACCGUGGCGCUGAUGACAAGUCUUACUACUGCGUCUAUGAACAAGAAGAUAAAGAUGGGAACAUUGGCAUCAACUUGUCCAAAGAUCUUAUGGCCAUCGCAGGUGAAGCCCUUAAAGCUAACAUCACCACAAUAGGUCCCCUGGUCCUACCGGCAUCGGAGCAACUACUCUUCCUCUUGUCCUUAAUCGGACGUAAAAUCUUCAACCCGAAAUGGAAACCAUACAUACCAGAUUUCAAGCUAGCCUUCGAACACUUUUGCAUUCACGCAGGAGGUAGAGCCGUAAUCGACGAGCUACAGAAGAACCUACAGCUAUCAGGAGAACAUGUGGAAGCCUCGAGAAUGACAUUACAUCGUUUUGGUAACACAUCAUCUUCAUCGUUGUGGUACGAGCUUAGCUACAUCGAAUCUAAAGGGAGAAUGAGGAGAGGAGAUAGAGUUUGGCAGAUUGCGUUUGGGAGUGGUUUCAAGUGUAACUCUGCUGUGUGGAAGUGUAACCGUACGAUUAAGACACCUAAGGAUGGACCAUGGUCUGAUUGUAUCGACCGAUACCCUGUCUUUAUCCCUGAAGUUGUCAAACUCUGAACCAAACCAAAACGUCUUCAAGUAUGGUUUGGAAUUGGGUCGGUUUAGCUUUGAUUUACCUUUUGUGAUUCGGUUUUCAGGGGGAUUGUGAAAUGGAUGUCAGAGAGGAAGAAAAGCAAAGCAUAAAUGUCUAUAUUUAUUUGCUCUGCAUAUACUUAAUCCUCUACUUUUCCAUUGGAGUACAUUUUUAGUUUCUUGUGCUGUAAUUAAAACUUGUGCAGUAUCAAAUAAAAAUGUUUCCUGC